UGAACUGCGAGACUCUAGGCGCACCCGGGUCCGGUCGGUGACAAAUACCUUUUUCUCGUCAACGCUCGGCAAGUUAACGGCACUUAAAUGUCGUAACAGACAUUUUAUUCUGAAUAUUCCUUUAAGGUCUUUUUUUCCUCGGUACGUGCGACACAUGGGCUUCGUUUUAACUAAAACGUCCGAGCUGUGGAGGUAUUUUAACGGACGGGGAAGCCGCUGACAGCUCAGGAUCUGAGCACCACGUCUCGUUUUUACCGGCUUCUAGCUAUAACGUAACAAAUACGGGUUUAACGCGAGCUAACGUUACCGGAGAGUGUGUGGUCGUCUCUUAAGGUGAAUUACCAAGAGGAAGCUCGUUGAUCUGAAGUUUACUCGAGGAUAAAUGAUGUUUGAAUUUUAACCGGCUGAAAUAACGUAGUGGCCUCUCGGCUCUGUGACGUAGCUACUAACCGGUGUGGGGCCGAAACGUCGAACCGGGACCCUCAUGAUGCACCAACAGGGCUCGUUGAUGCGCCCCCUUCUCGGUGAUGUUUUCUGCCAGUGCUGUUCAGCAGAGACCCACCCCGGCGUGGACCCGGGAGGCGGCGGCGGCGGCGGCGGCGGCGGCGGCGGAGGGGGGCACGCCACCGGGGACCCAGUCGACCCCGUUGACCCCGGCCAGUCAGAGCACUCCUGUGACAUCUGCGGCGGACCUGAGCAGGAGCACCGGCUCAAGGUGCUGUUCCAGGUCCUAGAUGUGAACGGGGACGGAGGCAUUUGUGUGAACGACCUGACGAUCGGACUGAAGAAAUUAGGAGUCCAUCGCACUGAACAUGAGCUCAUGAAAAUCGUGAAAGCCGGAGACAAAGACCUGGACGGACAGCUGGACUUUGAGGAGUUUGUUCAUUAUCUCAGAGACCACGAGAAGAAACUGCGUCUGGUCUUUAAGAGUCUGGACAAAAAGAACGAUGGUCGGAUUGACUCGCAGGAAAUCAUGCAGUCUCUGCGCGACCUGGGCGUGAACAUCUCAGAGGAGCAGGCGGACAAGAUCCUCAGAAGAAUAAGGAGGGGUCAUAUCUGGGCCCCUAUCCUGUAUAUGGAUAAAAAUGGCACGAUGACGAUCAACUGGAAUGAGUGGAGGGAUUAUCACCUUCUGCAUCCAGCAGAUAACAUUCCUGAGAUCAUCCUGCACUGGAGACAUGCCACGAUUUUAGAUGUUGGAGAGAGUUUGUUGGUGCCGGAUGAGUUCACAGCAGAGGAGAAGAAAACAGGAAUGUGGUGGCGACACCUGGUGGCCGGAGGAGGAGCUGGCGCUGUGUCUCGAACCUGCACGGCUCCUCUGGACAGACUCAAAGUGAUGAUGCAGGUUCACGCCUCCAAGAGCAACAGCAUGAGAAUCACUGGAGGGUUCAUGCAGAUGAUCAGAGAGGGCGGAAUGAGGUCGCUGUGGCGAGGAAACGGCAUCAAUGUCAUCAAAAUCGCUCCAGAGUCUGCGAUCAAGUUCAUGGCAUAUGAACAGAUUAAACGAUUAAUCGGCAGUAACCAGGAGACGUUGGGCAUCGCGGAGAGGCUGGUGGCCGGCUCUCUGGCCGGAGUGAUCGCUCAAAGCAGCAUCUACCCCAUGGAGGUCCUGAAGACGCGGCUGGCCCUGAGGAGGACGGGUCAGUACUCGGGCAUCGUGGAUUGUGCCAAACACAUCUUCAAGAAGGAGGGCGCGGCCGCUUUCUACAAAGGCUACGUUCCCAAUAUGCUGGGCAUCAUCCCGUACGCCGGCAUCGACCUCGCCGUCUAUGAGACUCUGAAGAACGCUUGGCUGCAGCGAUUCGCCACAGACAGCGCUGAUCCCGGCGUGUUCGUGCUCUUGGCGUGUGGUACGACUUCGAGCACGUGUGGACAGCUGUCCAGCUACCCGCUUGCCCUCGUCAGGACACGAAUGCAGGCUCAAGCGACCCUUGAAGGCGGCCCUCAGAUGAGCAUGACAGGCCUCUUCAAACACAUAGUCAGGACCGAGGGGCCGAUGGGACUCUACCGAGGCCUCGCACCAAACUUCAUGAAGGUUAUUCCCUCCGUCAGCAUCAGCUACGUCGUCUACGAGCACCUCAAGAUCACUCUGGGGGUCCAGUCCAAGUGAGGCCAUCAACACUCCAAAGGUGUUUUCCUGUUAUUGUGAAGAAACGUGUAGAAACGUGCAGCUGACAUUCAACAUAUUUAAAUCAAACUCUUCAGUUUUUUUGUUAAAAGGACAAAUGUGAACGAAUAGGAGUUUCAACUGGAAGCAUAGAGGCUCAUAAAAGAGAGAGGAAAGUGAAGCUUGAUCCCUGAAGUCUAGCAGCGCUUAUGAGCCUGUUAGUGUAUGUUCAGGGAGACACAAGUUUACAUUGAGUGCAUGAAAGCGGGUUACUGGUGGACCAGUAGGAUUAACCUUCUUGUUUAGGACACAGACCAGAUCAGCUAGUCUCUGCGAAGACAAAUCUUUGUGUUGAAGGGCUUUGCUGCAGCGUAUCAUGAAGCAUUUCCAAACAGACUGGAAAAUUUGCGCACGUCUGCUCAUCAGAAACACACAAAGUACCUGUACUCCCUUUUUGUAUGUUCGAUGCUCAUCAUGUUGACCAGGACAGAUUCUACAGCUAAGUCCUGCGUAACAAGAAGGUCAAACAAGACUCAAGUGGAUCAUGACAUUUGUUUAAUAUAUAUUCAGUUGCAGCUGAAGCUCUAAUAUGUCCACAAACUUUUUUUUUGCAUCAUCCAAAAAGUAUUAAACUUCAGACCACCUGCAGACUUCUUGAUGACAGACAAAAUAGAAUCAAUGAAAACUAAACCAUCAAAUAUAUCACCUUACAAUAUUUCAGCCUGAUGUGUGCUUAAGUCUUUGAUCUUUUAUUAUUAAUAUCUGUCAGCACACGGCUCGCUUCGGGUUUAAAGGAAGAAUGUGUGACUUUUUGAUCCAGUAGAUGUCUCCCUUGAGCACCAGCAUGACACCAAAACAAACUGCUGUUAGGCCACACCUCCUCCAUACUGAAGCCUCCGCUAUCCAUCAGCGACACACCUCCAACCCCCCUCCCCUCGCCCUCAUAUUAAGGAGUUUAGCACAAGCGGUGGACUAAAUCAUCCUCGGCUGAAGCUGCAAUCACCUGUGUCCUGCAUUGUUGUGUUAGCAUGCUAAUGUUAGCGCUCUUUAGUUAGCUCUUAAAUUUUUUACAGAAUGAGCGUGAUCUAAAAACUCUUACCUGGCAUCCAAAUAAUCAGUGAGUAUGUUCUUCUUCUCUCUAGUUCUUGACUAAAACAGCUUUUACACACAAGGGGAGGAGCCGGCCGUCCUGUCCAUGUAAACACAAUCCUGACAACAACACAGCCAGCGGGACUCGAGCUUCUCUCUCAUUGUAGACAGUCAUGACUCAGAGACACAUUUACACAGGAGAUACUUGUUUUGUGUGUUUAAAAAUGUUGCACAUUCUUCCUUUAAACAUUUCACACUCCAGCAUCUUUUCAGCUUUGGUUUCUACAUUUUGCAUCAUCUCAAAUUGAUCACAAAUAACACUGAGCAGCAUCUGUCGCUGUGAACCACAGCUGACACUAACGACUAUCUUCACAGAUGAUUGGAUUCUGUGGAUUUUGCUGAAAUGGAUCAUUUUGAAUAUGUUGACCGAUUUAAUGGUUGACAACUUAAACCUAAUAAUAGUUGAACACAAAUUUCUCUUUGGAUGAUCACUUCAUGGAAGAGAAAAACACAUCUUAAGAUCUUAGAGUCCAAACUAAACCACUCCUUGAUGAAAAAUAAACUGCAUCUUUAUUUUGGUUAAAGUUUGAGUGCACAAAUUAUUCAAUAACAUCGAUAAAAAUGAGUUCAGUCUUUGCAUUUAAUCACUGCUCAUUGAUGAGAUCAGGCUCUGUGACGUCCACAGGAUACUGGACAGUUAUCUCUUUAGAUGAACAUUAAGUCACAGUCAAUAAAUCCAAACGGCAAAUUAAGACCACAAUCUGGGAUCAACACAACAGAGAAAUACUCUUAAUCCUCAUUAUUAUAAUCUCAAAUCAUGAAUCCAAACCUGCUCUUUUAUUAUUUUAUUUUUGUUGUUUUGAAGAUAGACAGAAACUCUCUGUUGUUGUUUUUCAUCUUUUCAGAACUUGCAGUAGAACAUUUAGCGUUUAGCGUCCUCUUGAAACUGUGGACCGAAGCUGCAGAAAGGGUUAAAAAUGUUUGUCAUCACCUUUAAGUCAGUUUCUGUUUGCACAGCUUUGACAUGAACCAUCAGGACUUUCUCACGAGGGCUCGCUGGCUGAAUGACUCUUUGUGUUUAUUCAAAUGUUGUCGGCUGAAUCUAUUUUCCACAUGAUGUGAACGAACACUCGUUAAAGUCACCUCAAGGGCGAUCGAGGCAGCUCUCUCUCCCUGCCUGUGUCACAUUUUAAAGCGUGCCUUCAGUGCCGAGCCUCCUCUCUGGUGUCAGUGCAGCUGAUCAAUACAAAGAGGCUGUGGGUCGGUGAAUGCACUUUAAGGUAUUCUGAUUUAUUGCCCUUUGUUUAUUUAUUUCUGUAAGUAUUUAUUUAUUUAUUUAAACUUAAAAAAAAAGGAUUGAAGACUGAAUUUGGGUUGAAAGUCUAAACAUAGAGACGGCUGAAUGAUUUAAAGUCGCAAGAGUGCGAGAAGAAUCAAAUGUUAUUUAAAGACUGGAAUAUACGGAGCCGUGAUGUGUUCGAUUCAAAAUAAACACACCGACAAUUUAUGAACCGUUUAACGGAAAUCUUUUUUCAUAACGUCAAUAUUUAAAGGUCACAUAUUAUUCUAAAUACUCUUCACCAUGUUUUUCUAACUCUAACACUUUUUCUAAUAUUAUUAUUAUUAUUAUUAUAUGUGUCCCUAUUCUGUCUGCAAACCCCCCAAUGAUGAGAAAAGUCCAUCUUCUCCGUCUUCUCCCUGCUCCACUUUUCAGAAAAUGUGCUCAAACAGGCCGUUUGGAGAUUUUCCCUUCAUGACAUCACAAAGGGCAGUAACCCCUCCCCCAGGUGGGUGACACUCCCACAGCUAGGUGUUUGUUCUGCCCUCUGAGUCUGCCUUCUCACCGUAAACAAUAGGACAUGGAGAGAGAAAGCCCGAGACACCCAAGUCCUUCCAGAGAGGGGUCGUGGUCAGACACAGCUCAUUUACAUAUUUAAAGAUACAGACACAGAAACAGCCUGUUCUGAGCAGGGCUGAAAUAGAGGGGUUUAUAGACAUGAUCAAAUACAGGAUCAGAGUGGAUUUAGAACAAGAAACUUCAUACACAUGUUUUGGGGAGCUCUGACACUUAUUUACACUGGUUGAAGAGGAGGAGAAUAUGUGACCUUUAAUUGGCGUACUCCCAAUAACAUUUAAUUUAUUUAAUGUGUUACACCGCUCAAUCAGAAUUAAAGGGCAAAUACAAUUGAAUGUUUUUGUAUCACCAAAAACUAAUCGCCAAAACAAAGCGUCCAUAGCAGAGGAGAGUUUUGUGUUUCAAAUUUCUCACUUGAAUGUUUUGUGAAAGUUACUAAAACGUUUAUUUGCUACUGAAACAUUUGAGGGUCUCAUGCAGAUGUUCCUCUCAUGACUCGCAGCAGGUUGUCAUGGUAACAAAACCUGAACGGCUCAGGCAAAGGCACAUCUGACUGUCAUGGAGAGUAAACUGUUUAUGAAGUAAUACAUAGAAUCCAAACAGGAUGUGGUAAAACCAAAGACUGUAUUCAAGAAGUGGGCGUAGCCCCGUGUGUGUUAAACCUGCAUUCUCUCUAAUGGACAGCAGGGGGCGAUCGUCUAGAAGUCUAUGAUACAAUGAGACCAACAUCUCAGUUGCUUUUUAAUUCCCUCGGUAAAUAUUUUCCUGAUGAGUUUAUGGUCUCAAUCUCUACUUUCAAGUCUUUACUUCAUGAUACAGCAUGAUGUUUAUUUAGUAGAAGUGGUGCUGAAACGUUGACAAUGAUUUUGUGCAAGCGUGCAGGAGUUUAGUUGAGAUUUAUGGUUAAUAAAAAACAAAAAUCGCCCCCAGUAUAAGGUGCCUUAGACUGAUACUUUUGACGCUGUUGUAUUGAAACGGUCCAAACUUGAAGUUUCAAUACCGUGGUCAACAAACCAUCGUGUGAUGUCAUGAUGGCUCCGCCCACUUCUUAUGUUCAGUCUACGAUGUAAUGAGAUAUGUUGAUAAAGUUCUGUUCAAACUUAAGAAAUAUGAUUAAAAGAGCGGUUUAGUGUCAUAGUCAAGACCACACAAACCGAGACCAAGACAUACCAGAGACCAGAGUGCUCCGAGACCAGACCAAGACUUUUAGGGAUCAGGCCCGAGUCAAGACCAAGACCAAGGCAUUUAGGGAUCGAGACCGAGACAAGACCAAGACAAAGGCAGGGCGAGAUCGAGACAAGAGACCAAAACCAAGGUAGGGUGAGACCGAGACAAGACCAAGGCCUUUAGGGAUUGAGACCGAGACAAGACCAAGACCAAGGUAGGGCGAGACCGAGACAAGACCAAGACAAAGACAGGGCGAGACCGAGACAAGACCAAAACCAAGGUAGGGCGAGACCGAGACAAGACCAAGACCAAGACCAAAAAAUCAAAUGAUGGUUAAAUCAAAGUUUCCUUCUAAUCAAAGUCAUGAUGUCUAAAAAUAACCGUUCAGUUGAUUUAAAAUCUGCAGUCCGCCCAGUCUUAGACCAAGGCAAGGCCGAGUAAAAAUGCUUUUGAUUCCGAGACCUUCAGAAUGUGGUCUUGAGACCACAAUCGAGUACCACAACACUAGAGCGACACUCUAUCACAUGUUGAUCGGCCCGCUGUGACCUUCAGGCCGCCUUAAGGCGUCACUUCUUCUCUAAUGUCUUAAAGUGACGCCGUGUGGAUCUGACCAACAGGAGAACUUGAAUUGUACAGACAGACUUAACAAACUGAAGGCUGCAAUGUACAGAAGUGAAUUUAAUAUCGCUAAAUGGUGGCAUAGUUUACAAAGUGUAUCCAGUAUAUAUAUAUUUCUAUUUUAUUUUAUUAUGCCGGCUGUAAGCGACAGAGAUGCAGGAAUGAGUCUGUGAGUUCUUUGUGUAAAAAGUUUGUUUGUAGAUGCAUCCACUGAAAGAAUGUUGUGCUGAGUAUAAACAUGUACGCUUGUAAAUCUGAGCUGUUCAAUAAAUGAGUUCAGCAGA